UGCACGCCUACAUCGAAGAGGCACCUGACUUUUGUCUACAGAACGUAUUACGGUUGCACCGUGAUGCUGGAUGACGCAUGCGCGGCCCAGUGACAAGGGAACGAGGACUAUUGGAUCUAAGACCCAAGGGGUUGUGCAGGAAGACUUCUGUAGUUAAAGACUAGCGCUCACUUCGAAAUGGAUAUUUAAGAAAGGCUGUUUGAAAGGGAAUUUACCAGCAAACCCCUCUCGCCUUCGUUCUGCGACGUCGAGCUCUCAACUGCCUAUCCAUUUCGCCCAAUUCCACCAUCUCAUCGUCCUCCUCUGAAUAUCGCCCGCCAACCAUGGAUCAAAUUGAAAAGUCCUCUGCCCAACUUCCCCCGCCUUUUGUCCAUUUCGACGGCAUUGACAAUGUCCGCACGAUCCACAACGCUUCCUCCGCCGUCAAGAUCAGACCCUACAUCGUCUUUCGUGCCGCCGAUCCCAUUUUCAUCACAGCGAUAGGGAAAAAGCAAAUCAUCGGACACCGAGUUACCGUCAUCACCGACAUGCGCUUAGACCGUGCAUCCGACCUUGUUCUCAACAUCCCCGGUAUCGAAUGGGUGUACGUCAAGCGAGAAGAUGACCUGCCUGAAGACCAAACUUAUGCGGAGAUUGCUGAUAGGCUAAGGGGUUUUGAAACAGUCCCUAUACAAGCCUUCCUCGUUGCAUACGCCUCCAUACUACAACAAUCGGGAGGUGUCUUCAGUAACUUCUUCAAACAUCUCAGGGAUAGGCCCAACCAGCCAGUUGUAGUCCAUUGCUCCGCUGGGAAGGACAGGACAGGGUUAGCGAUAGUUCUACUUCUAUUGCUCCUUGGUGUCUCCGAUGAGGAUAUCGUCAAAGAUUACGUUCUUUCGAACAUCGGCUUAGAGUCUGCAUUGCCGAGGAUGAUAGCAGAGUUUGAAGCUCGCAACCAGGCAUAUAUCGACCAUCCUAAAGGGUUGAGGGUCUUCCUCAGCGCAAUACCUGAAGCGAUGACUGCAGUGCUGCAGUGCAUUCGAGAAGUGUUCGGCGGAGCAGAGAAUUAUGCCAAGGAGCAUAUGAAAUUGACCAGCGAGGAUUUAGCCAGAAUUCGCCAGAACUUACUUUUGCCUUGAGUCUACAGUCAUAACGUGUUGUAAAUGCCAUUGGAACGGGCUGUACUUGUCAUGCUUGUAAAAUCCCUAUAACUUUCUUGAUACCUUUCUUGUAGCCAUUGUGUACGAAACCACGGACUUGCAACUUGC